ACCCCGGGGGCGACGGCGGCUGGGACGGCAGGACGAGGCCCAGCGGCCUGAGCGCGCUCUUCAGCCCUCCUCCGGGGCCUCCGCGGGCUUUGACUGCCCCCGCGCCCAACUUUUGCCCCUCUCCCCCACCCCUCCCCCGAAACUCCAGCAACAAAGAAAAGUAGUCGGAGGAGGACUGGGCGCUGCCGGCUGGGCCGUCCCUCCGCGCCGAGGAAGGCCGAGUACAAUGGCCACCCAGGUGAUGGGGCAGGCGUCUGGAGGAGCUGGGCUGUUUACCAGCAGCAGCAACAUGGGCAUGGCUCUGCCUAAAGACAUGUAUGAGCUGCAUGACCUCUCCAAAGCUGAACUGACUGCGCCUCAGCUCAUCAUGUUGGCCAAUGUGGCCCUAACUGGGGAAGUAAAUGGCAGCUGCUGUGAUUACCUGGUUGGUGAAGAAAGGCAGAUGGCAGAAUUGAUGCCUGUUGGGGAUAACAACUUCUCAGAUAGUGAUGGAGAAGGACUGGAGGAGUCUUCUGAAGUAAAGGGUGAACCUGAUAAUGGACUGGAGAAUGUGGAACUGAGGAAUCUGGAGCUCAGUGUUGUAGAACCACAACCUGUAUUUGAGGCAUCAGCUGCUCCCGAGAUUUACAGCUUAAAUAAAGAUCUUCCUCCUGAAACACCUGGAACAGAGGACAAAUGCAAGAACUUGAAAACCAAACCAUUUCGCUGUAAGCCAUGCCAGUACGAAGCAGAAUCUGAGGAGCAGUUUGUGCAUCACAUCCGAGUUCAUACUGCCAAGAAGUUUUUUGUGGAAGAAAGUGCAGAGAAGCAAGCCAAAGCCAGGGAGUCUGGUGCUUCCGCUGCCGAGGAGGGAGAUUUCUCAAAGGGCCCCAUCCGCUGUGACCGCUGUGGCUAUAACACCAAUCGGUAUGAUCAUUACACCGCUCACCUGAAGCACCACACCAGAGCUGGGGAUAAUGAGCGAGUGUACAAGUGCAUCAUUUGCACGUACACAACCGUCAGCGAGUACCACUGGAGGAAACACCUGAGGAACCACUUCCCUAGGAAAGUGUACACUUGUGGCAAAGGCAACUAUUUUUCAGACAGAAAAAAUAAUUAUGUCCAGCAUGUCCGCACUCACACAGGAGAAUGCCCAUAUAAAUGUGAACUUUGUCCUUAUUCAAGUUCUCAGAAGACUCAUUCAACUAGACAUAUGCGCACUCAUUCAGGUGGGAAACUAUUUAAAUGUGAUCAGUGCAGUUAUGCGGCCUCUAAUCAACAUGAAGUAACUCGCCAUGCAAGACAGGUUCACAAUGGUCCUAAACCUCUUAAUUGCCCUCACUGUGACUACAAAACAGCAGAUAGAAGCAAUUUCAAGAAAUAUGUGGAGCUCCAUGUUAACCCUCGGCAGUUCAAUUGCCCUGUAUGUGACUAUGCAGCUUCUAAAAAGUGUAAUCUCCAGUAUCAUUUCAAAUCCAAGCACCCUACUUGUCCUAAUAAAACAAUGGAUGUCUCAAAAGUGAAACUAAAGAAAACCAAAAAACGAGAGGUUGACUUGCCUGAUAACAGUAUUACUAAUGAAAAAACAGAAACAGAACAGACGAAAACAAAGGGGGAUGUGACUGGGAAGAAAAAUGAGAAAUCUGUAAAAGUGGAGAAAAAAGAUGUUUCAAAAGAAAAAAAGCCUUGUAGCAAUGUCUCAGUGAUCCAGGUAACUACCAGAACUCGCAAAUCCGCCACAGAGACAAAAGAGAUGGAUGUGCACACAGGAAAUAAUUCGGAAAAACCCUGUAAAACCAAGAAAAGCAAAAGGGAGCUGGAAGCUGAAGCCCAAUCUUCGCGUAAUCCUGUGAAUGAGGAGGAACCUAUAACAAAAAGGAAGAAGAAAGUAGGAAGCAAAUCCAAAAAAGGUCAGGAGGUGCCAAAGGGUGACAACAAAGUAGAGGAAAAUAAAAAGCAAAAUACCUGUGUGAAGAAGAGUACAAAGAAGAAAGCUCUGAAAAGUAAAUCAAGUAAGAAAAGCAGCAAGCCUGCUCAGAAGGAGCCUCCUCAGAAGGAGGCUGCUGCCAAGGGGCCUGCGGUGAUUGGGCUGCCUCUGGAUCCUGCGCGGGCGGUCACCAGCCAGGGCACAGGCUGA